UGUAAUGAUUAAAGUGGAGAGUUUGUGCUUACGCGCAAUUCAUCAGAUUAAUUCAUUUCUUCGCGCCGGAAAACCUACAAACGCGGACGAUUUUGACAAGGUGUACACAUUAACGGGACCAGGAACAAGUACGGCCUGUUUCUGAACGUACCUUUACUUAAAAUGUGUCUCCUGCACCUUGUUUGUCAGUUUGUUUUUGUUUCUUUUCCCUACCCAACCUAGCUUUUAAUUACUGUAUAAAUAUGUGCGAUCAAAUAACAUCUCAGAUGUAAAUAAAGUACUUCUUAUUCAUAUACCUGCCUUUUCUGACUUAAAUAGCGGUUUUUGCAAGCAGGUUUUCAGCUAACGCUAAGUUGAAAAGUGAUGUUUCACUGUCGUUAGGAGUUAAAGCAAGUAAUUUGUCAACCGCCAACGACAAGGAAAUGAAGUCGUACAUGGAUCAAAUGGAUGAGGAAUUAGCGCAGACAUCUAUAGGAGAGAGUUUUGAAAAGAGAGGGAACCUACCUCAAGGAACUGGCCACAACCAAAACAACCUGACAAGUGAAUGUCAAGAGGAUUCUGCAGAGGAUACUCCAGUUGAUGUAGACUUCAAUCUUGUGAAAAAUAUCCUGGAAUCAUUCUCUACACAGCAAGGACUCGCGGGACCCGCGUCAAAUAUCCUGAAUUCUAUGGGAGUGUGGUUGCCGCCUAACACAGACCUAACGGAUUCAACUUAGCUAAAGGCCAGGGCCAGGAUUGAUUCACCGAAAUUACGUUCUCGGUUUGCUAUUGAAUGCGGACGAGGACACGGGCUCAAAGCGAAGAGCAAAAACAAUUAAAACUCGUAUGGCUAUGUAGCCAGGUGAGGCGGGUAAGAAGAACAAAUUUGGAAAGCCCCGGGAAAUCGACACAUGCGAUACACUUUCAGUUGAUCCAGUUCUAUUCGAGUUGGGAUAAAAGGAGAUUUCUUACAUGACCGUUGUGGUACCCAUGUUCCAACGGAUUGCACAUUCCAUGUUGCCGUGCGUCUGUUCAGUAUCUGAUCACAAAUGACGUCAAAAAUGUGGUUAGAACAAGAAAGUGGCGCUCAAGGCGGUGUCCGAGUGUGUCACUAAUGUUCCUACCACAUUUUGAGAUCAUCUGUAAUCAAUUACUGAACAGACACACGGCAGCAUGUUGUUGUUAAUGACGUUAUCUAUACCUCUGUCCUGCAAUUGAUCAUGAGCAAGAACCAUUAAAAAUGCGAGAAUAAUGCGA